CAAAAACAUGGAAGAUGGGUUCCUAAAAAGUCAUUGGCAUUCAUGGGGACUAUAGGUGGCCGUAUGAUGUUGACAAAUGUGGACAUGUGGGGGUCACUCUCAGUUCCUGUUUGGAUGAUCAAGUCACUGUGUGGUUGUCACUUUGUCACUGAGGCAAUAGAAGAAAAUGUCAACUUUCAUGUAGCGCUUCGACAUUCUAAUACUACACAAUGGAAGGCUUUGUCAUACCACCUGCCUCUGAGGAAACCAUCCAAAGCGAGCCAGAGAGUUAUCGACCGCCAACAGAGUUGUACCCUUACCUCACUAGUGUGGGGGAUGUUUAUGAAGACUACAGAUGGAGCCACCACACAGAGCACAUCCAGCCGGCAGACUACGACCAUUAUCCAGUGAGUCAGCUCACAGAGCUCCACUCUGUGGCUCCUCCACAACUGCUUCAUCCUUACCACUACAGUGCAGAGAGUCAUCUUCACCUGGAGCAACCUCCCUCUGUGUCACCACAGAUCUCAAAUUACACCCCAUCAGUGUACUAUCAGUACCAGACGUCUGCCUCGCCCGCCCACUACUACUCAGAAGAGGAACAAAGAGGUUUCAGCCCCCCUCUUGAAGUAUCAGAAGGAGAGGAUGCAUCUGAAUACCACAGCCUCCCCUCCAUCAAGAAAGAAACAAUGUUAUUUUCCAAUGCAGGCAACAAGAAGAAAAUCCGCUUGUACCAGUUUCUCUUGGACUUGCUGAGAACGGGUGACAUGAGUGAUUCUAUCUGGUGGGUGGACCAGGAAAAGGGUAUCUUCCAGUUCUCAACUAAACACAAAGAAGCUCUGGCAAGUCACUGGGGAUUCCAGAAAGGAAAUCGCAAAAAAAUGACCUACCAAAAGAUGGCUCGUGCGCUGAGGAACUAUGGUAAAACGGGCGAGAUUCAAAAAGUGAAAAAGAAGCUGACCUACCAGUUCAGUGAUGACGUUCUAAGGAACUUUUAUUCUCAUCAGUACUCUCGCUGAGGAGGGGCUUUUUUUUUUAGACAGUUAGAUCAUUACACUAUCAAUAUUGUGCCUUGAAUUGUAUAAUGUCAUUAUCUUUUGAAGCCCACUAAGUUAUGUACUUUU